GGGAGGAGAGACCGAGAUCGGCCGCCAUUAUUGGGAAGCUGAAAAAAAACACAUUAACGCACACAUUCACAAACACGCACCAUCACUAGAUUUCGCCUUUAUGCUGAGAGAAGUCCUUUUUUCCGCGUGAGAGAGUCGCGCUGUGCUUCAUCAGACUGUUUGUUGACGGCUGAGAUGUGCAAUAAACAUGGGCAACUCGAGAUGUUUCGGACACAACAAAGAAAAUUAUAAGUGCUCAAAAACAACGUGGUGAACCCAAGGCAAGACACAACGAUCCUAAGCUUUCUUCUUCUUACCUCUCUCUUUCAACGCCUUCACCUUUCCAACAAGAAACAUAGUGAGCAGUCUGAUUGUUUUUUUUUUUUUGUUUUUUUUGGACGUUUAUUUUUGUUUGUCUUUUGUGUCGCAUUUGGGAAAAGAAACACAAAUCAAAUUGUUGAAAACUUUGAGAGAAAUACAAUCCGUCAUUGAAAGAAGAGAUUUGUAUUGGGAUACACAACAGCUACAGAAGGGACUCAUUGAUGUUUACGGGACUACUCCUGGACUAUUUUUAUUAUUAGUCUAUUUCCCAUCUUGAUGAAUUUCCUGAGCCGGUUGCUGCUGCAGAUAAAGGAGUGAGGGAGGCAUGCUGAGGUAUGCACCAGUCCUUUUCUUCCCUUCAUAUGUAUUUCCUCAACGCAAAGUCCACGGGAUUCCGGUUGGACCCAGGCUGGACAAACCUGAAACCUACAGUAUUUCUGUCAAAGAGCCCCUAAAGAGAGAGAUGGGCUGGAAUAUUACUGCCUGCAGCACACCCGCCUAGAUCCAGAGUGUCUUAUCUCCCCACCCCCUCCCUUCUUCCCCCUCUAGACCUCUGGCAAACACUUGAUGGACAAAUGACUCUAGAUUUAAAAUUUGUCCUUUAAGGGCAUUGAACAUACUGGCCCUGCAUUAAAAAUAAAUCCCUAAAAACAACGUUCAGGAUCUUUAUAAAUUCAUUUUGCCAGGCCUGAAAGCACUUGGAUGGAACAUCAGCCCAGCAGCUUUCAAACUAAAGCUUCUGGGAAUGGCAAGAUGAGCGUUGUCAUACAGUGAUGAUGGCAAAAAAGCAAGAUGUCCGGGCACCAACCUACAACCUUGUUGUAGUAGGUUUGUCCGGUACUGAGAAGGAGAAGGGGCAGUGCGGGGUGGGCAAGUCCUGCCUUUGUAAUCGCUUUGUCCGCCCCAGUGCUGAUGAUUUUUAUUUGGACCAUACAUCUGUUUUAAGCACAAGUGAUUUUGGUGGUAGAGUGGUAAACAAUGACCACUUCCUGUUUUGGGGCGAGGCUGUACGAAUGUUGGAGGAUGGGGCUGAGUACCGAAUGCAUGUGGUGGAGCAGACAGAGUUCAUUGAUGAUCAAACGUUCCAGCCACAUCGAAGUACUGCCUUACAACCCUAUAUCAAGCGGGCAGCUUCCACCAAACUGGCCUCCGCUGAGAAGCUAAUGUAUUUCUGUACAGAUCAGCUAGGGCUAGAACAAGACUUUGAGCAGAAGCAGAUGCCUGAAGGCAAGCUUUCAGUAGAUGGAUUCUUACUCUCUGUAGAUGUGAGUAGAGGAAUGAACCGUAAUUUUGAUGACCAGAUGAAGUUUGUCACCAAUCUAUAUAACCAGCUAGCCAAGACCAAGAAGCCAGUUGUUCUUGCGCUGACCAAGUGUGAUGAAGGGGUUGAGCGGUAUAUUAAAGACUCUCACACCUUUGCCCUGACCAAGAAAAACUUGCAGGUUGUUGAGACUUCAGCACGCUCUAAUGUUAAUGUCGACCUUGCCUUCCUUACCUUGGUGCAAUUGAUAGAUAAGAGUCGAGGGAAGCCAAAGAUAAUUCCUUACUUUGAAGCCCUGAAACAGCAGAGUCAGCAAAUAGCAUCUGCCAAGGAUCGCUACGAGUGGCUGGUCAGCCGCAUUGUGAAGAACCAUAAUGAGACAUGGCCCAACAUCAACCGCAGAAUGCAGACUUCCCCCGAGUACAAAGAGUAUGUCUUCCUUGAAGGUACUUCCAAAGCCAAGAAGUUAUUUCAACAACAUGUACACAGGCUCAAGCAGGAGCACAUAGAAAAGCGGCGCAGAAUCUAUCUCAGCACACUCCCACAGGCUCUAAACUCCUUGGUUGCAGACCUGGAUGAGGUUGAUCACCUGAGCUGGUCAGGAGUACAGAAAGUUCUAGAGACUAAGCGGGAGUUCUCCCACUGGUUUGUUGUGCUGGAUGACACACCAUGGGAAACUACACCACACAUUGACAACAUGGAAGAUGAGCGUAUUCCCCAGGACCUUUUGGAAACCCCAGCAGCAGAGGUAAUCUAUGAGAGUCACUUAGAACACCUACGUAAUGAGCGAAAGCGGGCAGAGAUGCAAUGGGAAUUCAAAGAGAAACUUGCUUCCUCACCAUUUGUUACACCUGGCAAACCCUGGGAGGAAGCCCGUAGCUUCAUCAUGAAUGAAGAGUUUUAUCAGUGGCUAGAGGAGCCAGAGUACCUUGAUAUCUAUAACAAAUACCAGAAGGUUAUUAUUGACCAAGCCAAAGAGGACUUCCAAGAACUUUUACUGGAGUACUCAGAACUGUUCUAUGAGCUUGAAGUUGAUGCUAAGCCCAGUAAAGAAAAAAUGGGUGCCAUCCAAGAGGUUCUUGGAGAGGAACAGAGGUUUAAGGCCCUCCAAAAGCUUCAGGCUGAGAGAGAUGCCCUGGUACUCAAGCAUAUCCAUUUUGUCUACCACCCUACCAAGGAAACGUGUCCCAGCAGUCCUCAUUGUGUGGAUGGCAAAAUCGAGCAACUUUUAGCCCUUCGUUUUCCCACUCGAUAUUCCUUUGACGGGAACUCAAAAUCACAGUUUGGUGAGGGAAAGGUAGAUAGAAUAAACCUUGUAAUUCUUGGCAAAGAUGGACUUGCAAGAGAGUUAGCUAAUGAGAUCCGAGCACUGUGCACCAAUGACGAACGGUAUGUGCUAGGUGGAAGGACUUAUGAACUGGCUCUUCGACCUAUAGAGGGCAAUGUACGCCUUCCGGUGAAUUCAUUCCAUACCCCGACUUUUGCCCCACAUGGUUGCCUCUGCCUCUACAAUUCCAAGGAAUCCCUAUCCUACGUUGUUGACAGCAUUGAGAAAUUAUGGGAAUCAACCAUAGGUCGAAGGGACAGUAGCCUAGUUCAGCUUCCCUUGUCUCUUCUGUUAGUCACCAAAAGGGGUGUCGGUUCAAUUGCAGACAUUGGGGGUGAAACUGCUCAAAGCCUGAUUCAGCAUGGUCAGCAAGUGGCAGGCAAAUUUCAGUGCAAUUAUUUGGAGCCUGCUUCUCCAGGUGUAGGCUAUGGCCGUAAUAUAAAUGAAAAGCAUUUAAACCAGGUUCUAAAAGGUCUCUUAGACACACUGAGACCUUCAGUAAGUCUUGGAAGUAGCUCCCCACCCUUAUUGCCUCCCCUUGCAAGUUUCAGAGACUCACAGCAGACCUUAGAGACUGACUUGAGAAUCGUAAUGUGUCUCAUGUGUGGAGACACUUAUGAUGUUGACCAGCUUCUUUCACCAUUCUUGCUGCCCCAGCACUGUCGGCCCUCUUCCAGUCUAUCCAGUGGAACAUCAGUGAUGCUGGAUUUAACUAUUGGUGGCCAAAGGCAAAGCAUUGAUCUUGCUGUGCUAUCUUAUCACUCAUCUUUUUCCUUGCGUAAAAGCAGAUUAGUGCAUGGUUACAUAGCAGUAUAUUCAGCCAAACGUAAGGCUUCCAUGGAAACACUUUGUGCCUUCCUUUGUGAGGUCCAGGAUAUUAUUCCAGUGCAGCUUCUUGCUGUUGCAGAGACUCAGUCAGAACUUGCAGAAUCUGAGACAGUCCGGGAGCAGCUUGCCCAAAUGGAGGAAUUGGCUCAUGAUAUUGAGGGCCGUUUCAGUUCUGUGAUCUGUGGACCUGGUGGGGUCGUGGGAGGCUUGCAUCGGAUAGACCACUUCCAGCCAUUCUUCAAGGAGGUAUUGGAGAAAAGAACCAUUGUUGAGGCAACACACAUGUAUGACAAUGUUGCAGAGAAUGUCACCAAUGAGAAUGUUUCUUCACCUCGAUGUGGCUCUCCAAGCACCACUUUGCUGGACUCAGAAGAUGACAUUGAGCCCCCAUCACCUUAUCCCACACUUAAAGAUGAUGGCACCUUGACUCAUGUUGGAGGUUUCAAGCUCCAUGAUCUGGAAGGUAAUGCCUUCUCACUCAUCUCUGACAUAACUACUUUUGAAAACAAGCUCAACAACAAAGUCCCACCUCAGGUGCGACCAAAGCCCAAUGUCACCUUCGACAUCCCCAAACCUCCAAACAACAGUUCAUACAUGGACUUGGGGGUUAACAGACGCUCUUUACCAUUGGUCACCUGGCCACCAGGAAGUGAAGGUGGUUAUGAUCCAUCUGACUAUGCUGAGCCCAUGGAUGCAGUAGCAAAGCCUCGUCCCACAGAGGAGGAGAAUAUUUAUUCUGUACCACAUGAUAGCACACAGGGCAAGAUUAUCACUAUUCGCAAUGCAAACAAGAGUCAUGCUAACGGUGCGGGCAAUGGCUCAGACAGUGAGGCUGAUAGCAGCUCAUUAGAGCGUAGACGAAAACUGUCUGCACUUGGAGUAAAACCCCGGCUGUAUCGUGAUCGCUCCAAACGCCUGGGCAAGUUUAGCAACUUCCGUACAAGUUUCAUCGGCAGUGAUGAUGAGCUUGGCGGCCUCCCCAAGACUAAAGAGGAUGAGCUUGGUGCACAGAAAGGGGACAGCUCCCUAAAUGAGGAAGGCGAGGACCCAAAAAGGAGGAAUAUCUUGAGAAGUCUGCGUAGGACUGCCAAGCAGAAAACGCGACCAAAGGCUCGUCAGUCUUCGCUGUCUAAACCACUUGAGAGCAGCUACUUUGGAGUUCCUUUAGCCAAUGUGGUCUCACUUGAGCGGCCCAUUCCACUCUUCAUUGAAAAGUGCAUCCGUUACAUUGAGACUACAGGGUUGAGCACAGAAGGGAUCUACAGGGUGAGUGGAAAUAAGGCAGAGAUGGAGAGCAUGCAGCGACAGUUUGACCAGGACAAUAACAUUGACCUGAUUGAGAAGGACAUGUCUGUGAACACAGUGGCUGGAGCGAUGAAAAGCUUCUUCUCAGAGUUGCCUGAUCCUCUGGUACCCUACGGCAUGCAGGUGGAGCUAGUCGAGGCCUUCAAGAUCAAUGAUCGAGAGCAGCGUCUGCACACCAUGAAGGACAUGCUUCGCAGGUUUCCUCGAGAAAACUAUGAUGUCUUCAAAUACGUCAUCACUCACCUGAACAGGGUGAGUCAACACAGCCGCCAGAACCUGAUGACCAGCGAAAACUUGUCGAUCUGUUUUUGGCCAACACUAAUGCGGCCUGAUUUCACCACAAUGGAUGCAUUGACGGCCACACGCACCUACCAGACAAUCAUCGAGACGUUCAUCCACCAGUGUGCUUUCUUCUUCUACAAUCAACCCUUGGCCGACACCCCCAGCGGCCAGCCCGGACAGCCUGCCUCCCCCAACUCCACGUUAUCUUCGGCCUCUUCCAUGCCAAGUUCCGCCUACUCUUCCUGUUACGCCUCAUCGCCGCCUAUAGUCCCGCUGUUCAGCACCGCCCAACAGUCUCCACCCCAUUCUCCGCCCCCUACCCCACAAUCCCCAAUCCAGAGCCUGCUGCCUCCGCUGCACCCCCACCACCACACCCCUACGGAACAACAUACGCUGUGAACCUGUCAACAAGAAGCAGGAAAACGUUGGGAGAAAGGCAUUGGGAGCACUGAAAGAAUGGAAUGGAAGAGAUUUUCAGGGAUUUUAGAGGAGAUUGCACGUUUGUGGCUGACUUAUUACGAGCAAAAGCAGUGGAAACAGAAAGAGAGGGAGUUUAGAAGAAAGAGAGGUCAAGACUCCCUGAGCCACUUCAACCGCACUUCAUUACUCUUUCUAGAUCAUUCUACUCUAAAAUAGCAGCACCUCUCUGUUCUUUGCCUCUCAAUGCUCAUCACACACAUAGACGACUUAAUGAAGUGUGGUACCCCCAAACUCAAUCUUGGCUUCCCCAUAGAUGGCCCACUUUGCCUGGUUCCAUAAGUCCAGUUUUGUCUUCGCUGAAUGGUCGAGGAGGUGGCCAAUGGCGUCAGUGGGUGGGGUGUAUGAAUUAGCAAGCUGAGGUCUGAACUUGAAUCCCCCUCAUAUCUCAAUUACCACUGUACAGGGUGUCAACAGGGUGGCCUAUAUAUUCACCAGAUUUUUGUUAUAGCUUUUGACCACUGUUACUCUCAAAUAAAAAAAAAAAAAUUGUCUGCUUUUUUCUAAUCACAUUCCGACCCCUUAUUUAAACUGUUUCGCUCGCAACGAACAUUUAAAUAGAAAUAAAAAAUGCCAAGACACAAAAACGCAACUAGAACUUGACAAACUGGAUCUGUUUUUACUGGAUGUACGGAAUGCUUUUUGCACGGCAUCCUGGGACUUGAAGUCUUUUCAGCAUCGACUCUGCUCACCUCUAUCCUCAACGAGUCUCCAGAAUAUGCGGAAAGAUUAAUGCUUCUGUUAUUGCAGAAUGUCUUUGUUACCACACAACCCUGUAUUUCCUGCUCUGUGAGGAUCUGUGUUCAUUUUCUAUUCAUUUGGGAGCUGUAUUAUUCAUCUCUGAGAUCUUAUUACACAACACAGGAAGUCCCUCGUUCUUCUCGCUCAAGUUCAGAUACAUUAUGUGUACUACUUUUUGUGGAGGUAAAGAUGAUUGACAGGGGUGAACCAAUGACAUCUAGAGUAAGAAACCCUGAAUGGCCAGUGCCAUUACUGGGAUGGAAUGGGUUGUGUUCCAUGUGUAUUUUGAUGAAGAUGAGGAGAGGUAUGCACAAAAUAAAGGAAGUUUGCACUAGAGUAGAUGCUGUUUUUGUCAAGCUGUACCUGUUCAGAUGGCAUUGAAUCAGUAAGCCAUGGAAAGUUUGCCUAGAGGAGAUGAGAGAAAUGAUGAUGACAUAGGUGGUGCUGAAGGAAAUAAUGGCAUUUGGAAAAGAUGAAGUCUUUGAUGUAUUUUAAAACAGGAGUACGGCAUGUGGAGAUGUCAUUAUCAGAGAGAGUUGUUUAGAGAAUCUGGCAUUUGUCAAGACCAUGUCAACUACGUUUCUGUACAUCCCUGCUGAAUAACAACAGCUUAAACCAGCCAUAGCUGGUUUUCUGAUCUUAGAUGCUCUCCCAGACCAGCUAGACCAUCUUAAACUAGCUUGGCUAGGCUGUAAGAUCAGCUAAAAUAGCUUAACACCAGCUUGGCAAGGCUGGGAGGCAAGCUAGACCUGUUCAGCAGGGUCUGAAAACCUCAGCUAAAUAACAAUAAGAGAACUGCAUUUUAUUUGUUUAAGACCUGAAGUGUUUUAAAGAGAGUGACAGGAAGAUAGUUUUGGGGAAGGAAAGUUGGACACAGAAAUUGAAAAGCGACAUAAAAAGACGCUAGCGUGUGCUCAAAGCUCUGUUGAACUAGCCUAGCAUGGGCUUUGGCCUUAUUGCAGUGCAAGAAAGCAACACUGCCAUCUUGUGGGCAAAGGAGGUAUAGCACGUCAAAAUUCGGAAAAUUUCCAUGCUAUAUUUUUGUUUUUCGUAAAAAAUGCUGGAUGCACUUAAAAACACUUUGGUUUACAGUGUAACAAAAGCGAAAUAAAAAAAAAAGUGGCAAGCUCCAUUGCCAUUCAGCAUUCAAGGGACAGUUUGCUCCAGUAUUCAACAGCACUUAUACGUUAUAUUUCGUUUACUCAGGCAAGACAAGAUAAUUAAUAAUUAUCAGUGUUUAUUUGAACUGAGAGGAGUCUGUUACAAAGAUAAAGUUUGUUUUGAGCCAUGAGCAGACGUUCUGUGAACAAUCACACUAAUUAAUGUUUAAGGAGAUUACUGAAAAAUGAAUGUAUUCCACAGUGGCUAAUCUGACAGAUUUCACUUCAUUUUGUGCAUAUCAAUCCAUUAAGUGAACCACAACUGCCCUAACCCCCCCUUAACCUGUCAAUCAACAUCUAGUCUGGGUUCUGAAUGGCUGUCUGACAUCUGAUGGGCUCUCUAAUGAGCUGCAACUCCUAAUAGCUUGACAUGAUCACCUCCAUUCUUGCUUACACAUUAUGUCUUUGUUGUCGUCUUUACCUCAGAGCAGGUAAAACGGUAUUUUUGGGAAAUCGGGAGCUGUGUGGCCUAAACACCCCUGGUACUUUGUAUGAAUGCUGCAUUCUCUGUGUAUUUUCAGUGUAUUCUUUCAGAACUGACUGCCCUUACAGCCAAAGACUGUGCAAAAAAAAUUACAUGGAAAAAGGGCAGCGGAAGAAGAGAAUGAAAAGCGACAAAUGAUAAAUGUGUAUUAAAAAAUGUGACUUUGGUUCAGCAAAUCUAUUUGGCUGGCUCACUUUAUUUUAAUUUUAUUUUUUGUAGUUUAUUUGCUUUUUUCUCUCGCAAGAGCGGUGACAGAUUAACUUGCAAGUUCAAGGAGAAAUGAGCAAAAUUAUAUUCAGAAUGGUUGUUUAUUUGUAUGUUAGGGGGUCUAACACUUUGCCCUAUAGUCAAUGGUGAUAGAAAAAGGUUUUCUAUUUAUGUUUUAUUUUAAUAAUGAAAAAAAGAGAGAACUUUUUUAGCAGUUUUGUUUUGUGAAUGGUGUAAAGGCCACCAUGAUGUAGUGCAUGAUUCAAGAGCAGGUCAGGGAGAGGGGUCGACCACUCUCAGUAUUAAAGGGGAAAAAAAUUAACAAAGAAAAAAUUAAAUGGAAGAAAAUUAUUAAACAAAUGAAGUUACAUCAACAACAACAAAAAAUCAUGUCAUUAUUUGCAAAGAGCUUAGUAAUUAGUCUCAAUGGGAAUGGUGUAUAAACAGCCUUCUGUGACCUGUAUUAUAGUUAAUAAAUCAAUCUUGUAAGAUA